ACAAGUGAUGCAUUGUGCGUAAUCAAAUUGUGAACUAGUUGCAAAAACUGUAAUUGCCUUAAUUGCACUCAGUUGUUGUUCAGGGGACCCUAUAAAAACAGAGCAGAGUUUCGUCAGUUUAUCCACAACAGUCCCAGCUGUAACAACAGAUCAGAUCAAAAUGAAGGCAACCCUAUGUGCAGCAACUCUGCUAGUCAUCGCUAUAUCGGCUGUCCAGUGCAAUCCGAAUUUCCAGCAGCUAAUGAAACAGUGCAUGGACGAGACGAAAUUAACGGAGGCCGAGCUGAAGGCGUUCAUGAGCAAUGGCAUGAACGGUAAUGCCAAUGAGAAUCUCAAAUGUUAUGCGAAGUGUCUGAUGGAGAAACAGGGUCAUCUAGUCAAUGGACAAUUAAAUGCGGACGCUCUGCUGGACACCUUGAAGAACGUGCCACAAAUGAAGGAUAGAAUGAGCGAAAUCACAUCCGGUGUGAAUGCCUGCAAAAAUAUUAAAGGCUCCAACGAUUGCGAUACCGCAUUCAAGAUCUUCAUGUGCCUCAAGGAGCACAAGGCCGUCAUGGGCAGCCACUAAACAGAGUUAUCCUUGCAUAAUACAUUUAAAUCAGCCGUGCUCGGAGGUGUUUGAUAAAUGUUCAAUAAAUGUUCGUUACGUGUAUCUUUGUAUAAUGUAUUAAAUAUUUUGGUGUUGGGCAGCAAA